AUGCAGAACUUUUUAGCUGGCCUGACGCCAGGUCAAACAGCAUGGAUUUGUGAACUGGCUGUGCGUUCAAUGCAGCUUCCCAGACAGCUGCUUGUCCAACUCACCUUAAAUCCAGAUGCGAUCUCUACUUCUGCUAUCAAAAAUUCAAAUCUUGACUCAGGGUCUGAGGAGCCAGCUAUCUUUUACUUAGCCUACUUGGGCCUCGCUGAGGAACUAGUUCUAUGCCAUGACUCGAUGACCCGACGGAAUGUAUCUAGAACUAUAUUCUUUUCUGACUCCAGUUUUACUCCUAUCACUGCUUUAUCUGGAUCGAAGCAAACUCCCUCCAAAGACGAUAGUAGACGAAUUUUGCUUCUACCCAGACUAUUUCCAAAGAUCGAGGCUUUGCGUUGUUACCUGGGUGAUUCUGUCGGCAUCUAUUUUCAAUGGAUGAAAUCCUAUUCUUUGGCUCUCACGUUGCCCGCUGUUCUUUCGCUCCUGCUCUCUGCAUUCGUCUCUUAUAUGGUGAGUUUUUCAGGGCCAUCAUUUUAA